UAGGCGCCUCAAAUGUCAUAAUAAUUCCAAUUUACUGAAAAUUACGUUUUCUUUACUUUUUACGUUCUUUUUUAUAUUUCAUUGCUAUUGUUGAGCAUUUUUAUGUGCAAUUAGUUUUUCUUUACGUAAAAAGUAUUUGUUUUGCCUUUCCUAACUGUUCAAUAGUCCAAGGCUGUUUGACUGAUAUUUUACGAUGAAUAUCAAAGAUCUUCAUAAAAGGUAGCGAGUUAUUUAGACGCCCACGGAAGUGUCGUACUAAGGGCAUUAGGAGGUAGUUUUUCCAAAUUCCCGCGGAAUUAUGUGCGCUUGAGGUGGUGUAGUGAUACAUUGUGUAUUGUGUAUGAGACAAUGAGCGAGUCCCCAGGCGUAGAGUGGCUGCCGGCCUACAGCCCAGGUCCGCCGCGCCACAGUCCUCUGGGCCCUAUCCCUCGAUUUCUCUACGAAGAUGUCCAACCGCCUUGUCGCCAACAAGAAAAUAACAAUAAGGAAGUAGAGCUAAAGGAAAAUUUAAACAAAAUCAAGCACACAAAACCUGCAUACAGUUAUGCAAGUAUGAUCAGACUUGCAAUCAACAGCUCUGCUAAUGGAAAGAUGACCCUCAACGAGAUCUAUAACUACAUUUGCAAUGCCUUCCCAUAUUACAAAGAAGCUGGUAAAGGUUGGAUGAAUUCGAUCAGACACAAUUUAUCUCUGAACAAGUGCUUCAUGAAGGUGCCUCGCAGCAAGGACGACCCAGGCAAGGGUUCCUACUGGGCUAUGGAUAGUAGCUACAAGAUAGCAGAGGUUACUCCGCGGCGUAGGCGCAGUCUAAGGAUGGCGCCGUACAGUCCGGAGUGCAGUUCCAACAGCAGCGGCGAGGCGGGGCUUCUGGCGUGCGCGGACGCCGCGCCUACGCCCCCCGCCACCCCCACCACGCCCACCUCGCCCACCACCCCCACCGUCACCGCACUCACACUCAAGGAGGAGCCCGUCGUUAAGGAGGAGAACGAUAUGAGCCACACCGAUGAUGCACUCUCGGCUUUGAUGAAUGAAGAGUUGAUGCCCGAUGUGGAUAUUAGUAGAGAGCGGUGGUGGUGGUCCGGCGCGCGGCGGCACGUGUGCGGCGUGCUGCACCACAGCUCCCUCACUGACGACUACGGCAACUUCGUGGAGGUGCGCGACGACUGCGACUGCCCCGCCGACUGGGAGGACACGCCCCCCGCGCCCGCCACGCCCACCACACCCGUCGCACCCACUGCGCCCACCGCGCCCCCCGCGCUCUGGCCCACAUUAUAACAACGCAAUCACAACCCUACCACAGGUCAGUUAAAGGCCAGUUUUGAUUGCACCCCGGAGACGUAGUACACACUAUGGUGCUCUCCGUUGGCCUUUUAUACUGCAAUGUACAUUUAUAUGGUACAAAGACUUUAAAAAAUAUAUAGACUAGAUAUAGUGAUUUUUCCACCGGUAACUUUGAAAAGUUAGUUUAGUGCCACCUUAUGUCCUUGUAUUAACAUGUUUUAAAACAUUUUACUAAUAAGCUCCAUCUUUUGUUAAAAUAAUCUAAAAACUAUAGACAUUUGUGAUUUAGUGACACAUAUGGGCAAUUUAUUUCAAUGCAAUUAGUUAUAGUGACAUUUUUGAGGACCUAAUAGUGAUGGUGGAAAAUAUGAAAAAUGACUCGAGUGAAAUCAACUAUGUAGCCUCUGUAUAUUUUUAAAGUCUUUGUUUUGGCCAGUUUUGCACCCAGGAGACGUUAAAACCAAAUGGCCAGUGUACAUGGUGCUCUCCGUUGGGCUUUUAUACUUAAAUGUACAUUUACACAGUACAUUUAUAUGGAAUUUUAUAUUCGGAUGUCCGACAAUCUACAUUGUUAGUUAUUUUGUGUGGAUUGCAGGUAGAUUAGUAUACACGUAUAUAGAAUUUAGGGUUACUAGUGUCGGUACAAUAUUACUGUCAAUUAUGACAGAUGAAAUGCAAUUAAUUUCACUUAAAAUUAACAUUUAAUGUACUGAAACUACUUAAAUAUCAGAUGUUAACCUAACAGGGUAGAUGAAACUAACAAUUUCAGAUAAGUUAAUAUCUUUGAUAGUUAAAUGGCAGUCUGCUACAAAAAUUUUAAAUUUUCAAAUAUUAUUGAAAUAUUUUUUAUUCACCCUCCAAUUUAUUCAUACAACCCCAGUUUUUAUGCAUUGAAUUUAAAAAAAUUACUUAUUGUACAAAAAAUAUUUGCUAUGGCAACACUGAAUUAAGUCAUUGUUGACUGACAUUUAACUGUCAAAUCUGACAGAUGUUAUUUCCCGUGAUCCCGAGUUUGUUUUCGCAAAUCAUUUGAAAAGAGAAUUUGUACAUAUAAAUAAAUUGAUUAUUUAACUGUAAUACAUAAAAACAAAGAAAGUACAUACAAUAGAAAGUAAUAAAUAACAUAUCUGCCAAGUAUUUAUAUAGAUUUAGUUACCUAUGUAGGUGUAAUGUAAAUGUGUUAUGUAUAAUGAAAUGGACCAUAGAGCAUAUAAAGUGGCAUAGAGUUGUUAGGCUUCUUUAUGGUUAGAAAUGAUGCAAACAUUUUUUUUUUGCAAUAUUUGCUGAUAUCAAGGUAUACUUGACUACAAAUAUUUAAUAACAAUUUAGUGUAUAUGAAAUAGGACAAUGUUACUUAAUCUGUAUAUUUUAUUAAGAACAAAAUAAAUAAAUGAUAAUAUAAUAAUUCAGUUUAUAUCAAAAGUACAUUUUAAAAUUUAAUUUUGUUAUAGAUAGUGUGAAAAGUUGAAAUGAAAGGCAGUCAUAUAAUAGGGAAUAUGCAUGUAUCUUAUUUUUUUUUAAACAGUGGUAGAGCCCGCUUUAACAUCCUCGCAAUUCCUCGUUU